GUAUCUCAGUUCAUGACCUUGUGUGAGGAUGGUGUGUGGGGGGUGCGAAAAGCAUGUGCUGAGGUCUUCAUGGGCGUAUCCUGUGCAUGUUCAUUAUCUACUAGGAAAAAUAAGCUGUCGCCUGUCUUUGUCUCUCUGUUGACGGACCAGAGCAGAUGGGUGAGAGUAGCAGCAUUCCAGAAUUUAGGUCCUUUCAUCAGCACAUUUGCUGAUGCUAAUGUCACAGGUCUCCACUACAAUGAGGAUGGUGUCCUUGUCAUUGGUACACCACAAGAUCCCACCAGCUACAGUCAGGAGUUGAAUGCAGAUACAGUGGUAAUACCAGAUAGAAGAGACAAUUACAAUGAAGAUGAACAGCUCCAGCAUCACCAAGAUAGGCCCAAAACUGACAACACUGUAUACACCAAAGAACAGAAAAAAUAUCAAAAUGAAAAGGCUGGUGUAUGCGAUGAAGGUGGAGGGAAAGAUAAAGGCGAUAAACUGGAGGUAGAACCCAUGGAAGUGGAGGAGUCUUUUAGUGUGAAAAGUAAUCUAGUACGUCUAGCUAAUGCAAGUAGCGAGCAGAGUGCCGAGGAGAGAAGAGCGGAAGCUUACCUCUCUUCCGGUAUUCAGUUUGAACUGCAGAGAGAGACUGGAGUGAGAACCUCACAACUGUCAGCAGAGACAUCUCAACAAUCCAGUGAUGCACAUGUUAUUUCUUAUGAAGAAGAUAAAAGUAUAGAUGCUCCAGUACCUGCCAUACCUCCAAACACAUUACCUAGCCAUAUGGAUGGGGUUCAGUCUCAGAGCAAUUCACUCACUGUUUCUGGCUCUGAAGGCCAUCUUCAUGUUCACUUGGACAACAAUCCAGCCUUUAACACUUUCAACUACUGGCGUACACCCAUCAUGCCAGUUGAACUACCAAUUCCCAAAAUUGAAGUUGACAUUGACAUAAUAGGAAAAACCACAAAUGUGUGUGUUAAAGCAAAAGUUCAGGAGAAUAAUGGUACAUAUCAGUCUCAGAUAAAUUUAACUAUGGCUACAGAUUCUGCAAGCCCAAAUAUCACACUUGCUUCUGGAACACAAGACUCUCGGAGAACUGAUAAGGAGAAUGUCGGCACAAUCGAGGCAGAGUUAGAUGCUUUGGCAGCUUCUUUAGAGGGAGUAGCUACAUUUGAAAGCAGUACAUUUGAUAAUUCUACAGAAGAGAGACAGUCAAAUAGAGAGAGAGAGAGUAAAGAUGUUGUGAAAGUAACUAGUCCACAGCCACAGCAAGCAACAUAUGCUCAAGUUUGUGCUGCUUCAGUCACCUCUGUACAACACAAGAAUGAACCGCAGCCAUCUAUAUUGGCUUCACGUCUCACUCAAGCCCAAGUCAGUAUGUCUGGAGGCACUGUGACGGAGAUUAAGAAACGCGAGAUGGAUGUUGUGUCGCCAAGUGACUGUAGCAUGAACAUGCCUAGUAUGAGACCAAGCUUACCUUCACAGCCGUCAUUACCAUCUCAACCACCACUUCUAUCACAGAGAAUUAUGGAUCCAUUUACUGUGAUGCUUCCUGGGAGCAGUGACCACAUGUCAUCUAUGUCUGGACAUUCUUCUGGCUCCUCAGAAUUCAUUAAUUUUAAUCAGGAUAUUGUUCCCAAGACUUUGCUGGAGCAUUACAUCAGUAUGACAGAUCCCAUGAGAGCUGAAACUGUUGAUAAUGAACUAACAAGACAUUGUGCAUAUUCAUUACCAGCUGUUGCAUUGACUCUUGGUAGACAAAAUUGGCCUGUUUUAAAGGAUACCUAUGAAACUUUAGCAGGAGAUGUACAUUGGAAAGUGCGAAGAACGUUAGCCUUUAGUAUACACGAGCUUGCAGUGAUCCUGGGAGAAGAAAUUGCCCAGAGUGACCUUGUUCCAGUGUUCAAUGGAUUUAUUAAGGAUCUGGAUGAAGUUCGUAUUGGUGUGCUCAAACACCUUGCUCACUUUCUUCGUCUUCUUCGACCACAAAAUAGGAGAGACUACUUGCCACGCAUGGAUGAAUUCCUUCGUACUGACAACGAAAACAACUGGCGCUUUAGAUUGGAAUUGGCAACACAGCUGGCUGGUAUAAUCGACCUUUUUUCACCCCAAGAUUGCCAAACCUUCAUUGCACCAAUAGCAUUAGCCCUGAUGGCUGACAAAGUGGUGCAUAUUAGACACACCUGCUAUACUGUAAUGUGCCAGCUUGUGAGGCAGCUAGGAUCAGAGGGGGAGUCCAAGUAUAUAGAUGCCCUCAGCAAGCAGCUAAAAGAGAAGUUUGCUUAUGCUACAACAUGGUCACACCGCCAAUCGUAUGCAUUUUUAUGUGGCCAACUUGUUGCCGAGCGAUCACUGCCACUUCAAGACUGGUGCCGCCUUUUUCUUCCUGGACUGGUCACAUUAGCUAGUGACAGAGUGCCCAAUGUUCGCAUUGCUGUAGCCAAGAUGUUAAAUACUCAUGUUGCAUGUCUAGAUUACUGCCAGAAUCCUGAAAAUGAAGUUUCCCAGAAAGUUAAAGAAACCUUAGAGCUGCUCCGACAUGACAAAGACAGAGAUGUGGGUCACUUUGCUUGCUGCCCCGUUAACACAGACUUCAUGUUGGAUCCACAUGACCCAACAUUAUAAUAGUGGUUAUAUUAGCCAUCUAUAUUCUUCCAAUAACCUUUGCUUUUCUAAACUUCACAGGUUUUGAGAGGUCCUGAUUUUUCUGAGUUUAUUGCAGCAGUCUCAGUUGCAUGUGUUCUCAGAAUAAAGUGGGUGAUGCCAGGACAGUGUUUUAUUCAUUUCAAAUAGAAAAUGAGCCUUAUAAGCAAAUUAACAUUUAUAGGUAGUUUCAAAGAAACUGAUGAUUUCACAUUGAAAAUCACUGAUCUUUGAAUCUAUACUCACUAUUUCAUUGUUUGUUAGGGAUAUUUAUAACGCAUCUUAGCUGCCCAUCUAUUGGUGCAUAACUUCCCAUCAUACUGAUCUUAUUGAGGUGCAUGAUGGGCUGUGAAUUAUAGUGUUAUAAUUCUUUCAACAUCGGCAUCUUUCACACUUGUUUCAAUAUGUUUGGUUAUCAGUUAUCACCAAAUUGGCAGGAUUAAUAAUUUAACUAAGAUGACAUGAUACAUGUACUUUAUAUUUGAAAAUCUCAAACUGUGCAGCCCUUUUGCUAUGCUUAUACUUCCUAAGAGUAUAUUGAACUGCUGUGGGUUGUAUUGUUUUUAGGCAGGUUUCCUUGUCCUAUUUAUAACUCGGUUUUCACCCUAAAAGUAGAGUACCCACAUUUUAAUCCAUCCAAGACUUCUCAUUAUUGGGUAUUAAACCCAAGUAAUUUGAAGUUUAAAUUUCUUACCAGCAUCUUAGGUGAAAUUUUGUUUUGUAAUUGGAUAUUGAAUGUGAAACUUAAGAGUGGGAUGUAUGUAUUAUAGUCAAAGUAGAGAAGUACAAAUAUGUGGAUGUCACUGGUAAUUGGAAUGCUAAAUACUUGUAUGGUUGGGCUAUGUAAAUUGCAUUCCUGGUCCAUGUGAAGAAUUUGUCCUUCAUGCCCUGACUGCAUAAUGAUCCUCUCUUGUAAUCAUUGUCUUGAUAUUGGUCGCUAUUUCAAGUGUUGACCAGUCCCUGUGAUAAAAAAAACACUAGAAUAUGUUCUAGUUUUAAGAAAUUAGGAUGUACCAAAUUCAUUAGUCGUGGUGUUUGCAAUUUUAUUAAAGAUUUUAUUGCUAUUGCAAGUUACUGUUGUCUUAAGCUAUGAUUAUCAAUUCAAAUAAUUUGUAAGAGCUCAUGAUAUUUAAAAAAAAAAUUUUUUUUUUUAUUUAACUCAGGUCUAUGCAGGCUUAAUAGUUAGCAAUUUAUAAAGGUAAAUUUUUAACUGUUUUAAGAGUUUGAGCUGCACAUGAUAUUUUAAGGUUUUUAACACAAUGCCUUAGUUUUGAGUUUGGUCAUAACAUUUACAUUUGCUAUAUUGUUUUGUGUAGAAAACACUACAGUUCAUGUGAAGUAUUCCAGAAAUGAUCAAAUACCAGCUUUGCUUACUGUCCAUAUAUUGAAGAGUUUGAGAGAGGCAGUCUCGUUAUAAUGAAUGCUGGACUGCAUGCUCACGUGUACCUCAGAGACCUGAUCAGGCUUUAACAUUGGCUUACACAUUUACAAUCUUUUUUUGCCAUAUUAAGCAUUUCUUUGGCAGUUAUACAAUGCAUUUUUAUAAAUGAGGGUUGCCUAAGUUUAGUGAAGACAUGAAGGUUAUUUACCAAGGAAAUUGCGUUAUGCUAAUUUAUCUUUUCAUCUAAAAAAGGUUCGUUAUCUACAAUUUGCAAAUCUUUAAGAAUCUUCACAAAUACUUAAUACUGUCAGCAAUAUCCUUCCCUUGCAUUCUUAUAUUUGCAUUUUGUAAUACUGUCCUAUUCAUUAUCUGUAAUCAACAUAUAAGAAUACCCACUUACAAAGAAAGUCAAACCAAUACAUGUGUGAAACCUAGCCAGUGAUGUCCUUGGAGUGAGCAUUUGUGAUAGUUUCAUCUUUUAAUGCUACUCUGAGCUCCCUUGUGGCACUCCACUAUCACUAUUUUAAUCUUUUUUUUUUUUUUUUUUUUUUUUUGACCUUGGUAUAUUUCUUGGCCUAGUUUUGAUCAUGUAAAAAAAGCCAUAUAUUUUUGUGUAUUAUCAUCGUUGAUACAAAUUAAUUGUGCCAUUAUCAUUGUGCGAUUCCACUGACAAAUUCGACGGGGGUUCAAUAUUGGGAAUAUACCUUCACUUAAUCUUUUUAACCUCAUUGUAAAUUGUCAUAUUGUACAGGUAUGAAAUAAAAUUAUAAUGAAAUA